CAGGGGUUUUAGGCAGAAAGUUUUGUUUUUUUUUCCUAUUUACAAUCCUCGCCGUUGGGACGUGAUGUCCACAUGACGCGGCUCCCUGCUGGUGAAGCCGGAGGAGGUGAAGCUGGAGGUUUCAGACCGUCACACUGGACGCACCGCAGCAGGAGGAGGAUAUUCCGGUAGGAUAGUCAAUCAUCCGCCGGGUCGCUGCUUCCGUGGCCGUGGAGUGGGCGGGCCCACGGGCCCACGGCCAGUGUUCAUGCUUGGUGCACACAUGGUGUCAUAACUGACGGCGCUCCGUGUUCCGAGGCUCCGCAGGACGGAACCGAGACCCGGGAAGGAUGCUCCGCUUCCAGCGUCCGCACGCUUCGGUUCCCCAGUUCACCAAUUCCCCGACCUUGAUAGUGAUGGUCGGCCUGCCGGCUCGGGGAAAAACCUACAUCUCCAAGAAGCUCACCAGGUACCUGAACUGGAUCGGAGUGUCGACCAAAGUGUUUAAUGUGGGUCAGUACAGAAGAGAAGCAACACGCUCCUACAACAGCUACGAGUUUUUUAAACCCGACAACGCAGAAGCCAUGAAGAUACGCAGCGCCUGUGUGAACACGGCCCUGCAGGAUGUGUGUGACUACCUGACCAGAGACCAAGGCCAGGUCGCGGUUUUCGAUGCCACCAACACGACGCCGGAGCGCAGAGAGGUCAUCCUCACCUUCGCCAAAGAAAAUGGUUACAAAGUUUUCUUUGUGGAGUCGAUCUGCGACGAUCCCAAAGUCAUUGCUGAAAACAUUAAACAAGUGAAGCUUUCGAGUCCCGACUACGUAGAUUGUGACAAAGAAGAAGCUGUUGCAGAUUUUCUGAAGAGGAUCGAGUGUUACAAGAUGACCUACGUUCCCCUGGACGACAGCAAGGAACGGAGUUUAUCGUACAUUAAGAUCUUCAACGUGGGCAGCCGGUACCUGGUGAACCGGGUCCAGGACCACAUUCAGAGCCGGAUCGUCUACUACCUCAUGAACAUCCACGUCGCGCCCAGAUCCAUCUACCUGUCCCGGCACGGCGAGAGCGAGCUCAACCUGGUGGGGCGCAUCGGGGGAGACUCCGGCCUGUCCCACCGGGGGGCAAAGUUCGCCGCCGCGCUGGGCGCCUACAUGUGCGGUCAGAGCAUCAGCAACCUGAAGGUUUGGACGAGCCACAUGAAGAGAACCAUCCAGACCGCCGAGGCGCUGCGGGUCCAGUACGAGCAGUGGAAGGCCCUCAACGAGAUCGACGCUGGAGUUUGUGAGGAAAUGACUUAUGAGGAGAUUCAGGAGAACUACCCAGAGGAGUUCGCUCUGAGGGAUCAGGACAAAUAUCGGUACCGGUACCCCAAAGGAGAGUCGUACGAGGACCUGGUCCAGCGUCUGGAGCCCGUCAUCAUGGAGCUGGAGAGGCAGGAGAACGUCCUGGUCAUCUGUCACCAGGCAGUUAUGAGAUGCCUGCUGGCCUACUUCCUGGACAAGAGUGCAAGCGAGCUGCCCUACCUGAAGUGUCCUCUGCACACCGUCCUGAAGCUCACGCCGGUCGCCUACGGGUGUAAAGUUGAGUCGGUGUUUCUCAACAUUGAAGCUGUGAACACACACAGAGACCGGCCGGAGAAUGUGGAUGUGGACAGAGACCCGGAGGAGGCGCUGGAGACGGUACCUGAACACAUCUAGAGGACGCCUCAGCUCAACGUCCGUCCCGUCCAGAGGAGAAGUCUUAUUUUAAUUCAUGUAAUCCUUGUUUUCAGAAAACUGAGAGCUCACUGAUAAUGAAAGGUUUCUUCAACUAGUGCACUUUAUCUAGAAGGGUCCAGGCUGAAAACAACUGCUAAAAAGUGAAGACCUGAAAACGACCUUCUGGACUGUUCACCAGUCAUUAAUCUGUUUCACUGCAUCACUUCAUCCUGUGCUGUUCCUUCAACUCUUGUAAUUUCAUGUAGACAGCAAUAAUAGUGGAGAUGCCGUGCCGCCAUGUUUUAGUGGUAGUUUUAGAUUUGAAAAGUGAUGUUCAUUGAUUUACGCAAAGGGCUUCAUUCUCUCAUCAGCACAUUAUUCAGCUCAGCAGAAACCGUAUUCACCAAACAGAAAAAAAACUGUCACCACCUGAAUUUAACUGUUAAAUUCAGCUGCCAUCACAUUCCUGGGAACGUUGUAACUGACAGCCACGUUGAUAGGCAGUUGCUAUGACAACAGUAAACAAGCCACAAGCUUAGAACUAGUUCUUGGGUUUCUAUCUGAAACAAUAUAAGUACUUUACAACUGUUAUUUGAUUACAGUUUUUGAGUACUCUACCCAUCUCUAGCUUGGCUAAUGUAGCUUAUCUGCUAGCUAAGACACUAAAAUAUUUUAUUGUUUAGUAGGGUGUCAGCGCAUCCUGUAAUGUAUUCAAUGCAUACAAAAUGUACGGUAAGUUGGUCCUAAAUACGUUAAUCACAGGUCUUACAAUUUUGGCAGACUAUUUAACUAAAUAUGUUUGAGUCGCGCGCACAUCAUUGCGGUUUAGACUACCGCUAGCUAGCUGCUAACAGACCCUUGCUAGCCAUCUUGCUAUCUUUUUGCGUUUAUCCUGGAGAAGAUGAAAAGUCCAGAAAUUUCUAGAAGUAAAAAUUAUUGACUUUUCAAACUCAAAAAUUGCCAUUUUUUCUAGAAGAUUUCUGAGAUUAAUCUAAAAUGUUUAAGUUUUUUUGUUUUUUCGGUAACUGUAAUAGUUCUUUUACUUACAAUGGCCCUGAAACGCCUGUAGAAAAUUACCCGGGGUCAUGGCGGAGACUCGCAGCUGGAAGGUUUAAAUCUUCCGUCCACAUUCCUAAAAGCUUCAUGUGUGGCUCUGUGUUGACAUUCAGUUACACAUAAAAUAUCCAAAUGAUAAACAAUUUGUUACAACCUUCGCUUACUUUUAGCUCAAAUAAGACGUUUGUUCUCAAGGACACCACGUCUACAGUAGCCCAGAAGGGACAAAUCAUUCUGUUUACACUGUGCCUUUAAAAACUAUUAAUUUCCUGAUUCAUAAUAUGAUGAGCUGGAAGAGGGAUGUCUAUGAAGGUGCUCAAAGGCAUCAAAAAUGCAAAUAAUAUCGCGUAUAAGUAUUCUCAUCAUGUUCAUUACAGCCAUGCGCCGCUAGAUGGCGUCGCAGCCUUUUUUAGCUGUUAAAUUAUCUUUCUGAAUCCAGUGGAAAUGUUGGCCUCUGCCUGUUUUAACACCAUCCAACUGUUUACCAACCCCCAGGCCCGUCUGCCACCACCGUGCUUCAGCGAUACAUGGUACCACCAUUCAUUAUUUACAUUUUUUAUACAAACUCUUGUGAAGAAAUUGCAGUUUCUGUGAGAAUUAACUGCAUCUGUUGAUUUUUUUAAAUAGCUAAGUACUGUUUGAACAAUAUGAGCUGUGUUACUUUUGAUUUUUACUUUUUCAAGCUCUUGCAUCCUUUACUAAUCAUGUAAAAUGUGAAAUGGAGGAUGAGGUCGAUGUUAGAAAAAAACAAUCUUCAUUUUUUCCACCUUAAAAAGAAAUUCUGACUUUUUGUCUCAUAAUUAUUGCUUUGAAAGCCAAAAUUAUGACAACCAUGACAGCGUUUCUCUUUGCUCUGACAAUGCGUUUUUGGUGCUGUUUUUAAAGUUACACAGUAGAAAAAUUAACAGCAAUAAUUUUCUGUUUAGCUUCUGUGGUGAUUUCCAAAGUCAUAUUUUCACCAAGUUAUUCCUACAGUUAUAAAGCUACAUAUUUCAUUCACAAGCUCCAGAUUCAACAUAUUCUGCUAACUAAAUUAAUCUCCAAACUAACCAUUUAUUUUCAUAUUCAAUAUUUAUUUGUCAAACUAAAUUUUUAGCAAGUAAGCUCCGUAUUUAACUUGCUUACCAAAUACUCAGCAACCUGAGUGUUUAGGUUGCUAUCUAAGUACGUAGCUAAACAUUUAGCUAACUACUUAUGUAUUUGGUUUGCUUCCUAAAUAUUUAUAUUGAACUCAAACUGAAGCAUUUAGUUCAGAACAAAAUGUUUAGUUUCCAAGCUAAAUAUUUAAUUUCAAAGUUAAAUGUUUAGUUGGGAAAAAUAAAUAUUUAGUUUGGAACUCCCACAUUUAUUAAUGUAGAAAUAAACUGGUGAAUAUAUAAAAUAUAAACACCCAGAUGAAAGGCUCAAUAAAUCUAUAGGUGUAAAUUUUCACAGUAGCUUUACAAACAGCAUCCCAUUUGCAUAAACUGUUUCCUAAUUUACUGGAAAUCUGUUUUGUUGCACAUGUGCACUUUUGAAAACCGUUUUAGACGCUUGCAAAGCUGCUGCAGCAUUCAUGUAAACUGACAGUUAAUCUGCGUGGUUUCCAGAUUAACCAGAACCAUCCUGGAUUUACACGCUCAGAUUUGUAACUUCAGAAGUCGGCAUCGUCCUGAUUCAGCUGCAUCGAGUCGUGAUGUGAAUUUUAAAGAUUUAUGCUCUUGAUUCUGUGCUUCAGUCACUGUAAUUCCUUUUAAUGCAGGUCUUUAAAAAUGAAACAUUGUGAAACAUUAAAUGUGUUUGUUGUGUAAUCUGUGUUGUGACCAUGUCUGGUUAAAAUCAGGUGCCUGAAUAAACAUCUUGUCUGAACUGUUUGU